CCUGGGGGUGGUGGGCGUGGCUAGAAGCACCUGCUCCCAGGCUCCCCUGGGCUGUUGCUUCAAUGUCUCAUAUUCAAGGGUGCAGCUUCCAGGUCUUCCAGCUAUUCCCUCAAGUGUGCUUUAGGAGAUCCGGUUUCAAUCCCCCAGUGACUAGUUCUCAGGUCCCAUUACAAUCCUCUAGAGCUCCUAGUGUGUGCGAGAGGGACAGAGCCAGGGAGAGACGAAGUAAGGGUUGGAGUGGGGACGAGACUCCCAGACUGUAGUUUCCCAGCCGGCUCGCCCCCCCCUCCCCCCAAGCCUGCAGUGCAGCGCGCGCGGCCCCUUUAAGAGCCGGGCCCAGGCGGGCCCCGGGACCGCGGGAGCCCAGAGCGCCGGCCGCACACUCGGACAGAGUUGGAUCCCGAGGAAAAGUUUCCCUCCCAACUCGGCCCCGAGCGCCGCCGCCGCCGCCGCCGCCGCCGCCGCCGCCCACUACAGCCCGGGGACUAGGCCGACCCCGCCGCAAGGGCCAGGCCGAGCCCGCGCCGCCCGGCGGUUUCGCUUUGCGGGCGCCUCGGCCGGAGCGGGAGCUGGAGCAGGCGGGUCCCCGCCCCCAGAGCGAGGCCGCCCCUGCAGGCUCUCCAGCCGGGGUCCCUUCCCCGCUCCCAGAGGGGCCAGGCACCUGCUCGGCCCGGGGCCAGGAUGAAAGUGACCGUGUGCUUCGGCAGGACCAGCAUCGUGGUGCCCUGCAAGGAGGGGCAGCUGCACGUCCGAGAGCUCACGCGGCAGGCGCUGCAGCGCUACCUGCGGACCCGGGACCAGGAUCCUGGCUAUUGGGUGAAGAUUCAUCACUUAGAAUACACAGAUGGAGGAAUCCUGGAUCCAGAUGACGUCUUGGCAGAUGUAGUUGAAGACAAAGAUAAGCUGAUUGCUGUGUUUGAAGAGCAAGAACCACUCCACAAGAUUGAGAGCCCCACUGGAAACCCUGCAGACCGGCAGAGUCCAGAUGCUUUUGAGACAGAAGUGGCUGCCCAACUGGCUGCAUUUAAACCAAUUGGUAGGGAGAUUGAAGUAACCCCUUCUGCUCUGAAAUUGGGCACACCACUGCUGGUGAGGAGAAGUAGUGACCCAGUAUCAAGCCCACCUACUGAUGCCCAGCCAAGCCCUUCACACCCCAGUGGCCAGAGUCUGAAACCUGUUAUUCCAGACUCCACACCGAAGUUAGAAGAUAGAGAAGUUCUGAAUGGGGCACACUCAGAACACCUGACGUUGCUGAAAACUAAGGAUGUAUUGAGUGAUAUGACAAGAACAGUGGAGAUUUCUGGAGAAGGAGGCCCUUUGGGAAUACAUGUCGUGCCCUUCUUUUCAUCUCUGAGUGGAAGGAUUCUUGGACUUUUCAUACGUGGCAUUGAAGAAAACAGCAGGUCCAAACGGGAGGGACUGUUUCAAGAAAACGAGUGCAUUGUGAAAAUCAACCAUGUGGACCUCGUAGACAAAACCUUUGCUCAGGCUCAAGAUGUCUUCCGUCAGGCAAUGAAAACUCCCAGUGUGCUCCUCCAUGUGCUUCCACCUCAGAACCGUGAACAGUAUGAAAAAUCAGUCAUUGGACCUCUUGGCAUUUUUGGUAAUAAUGAUGGUGUUUUGAAAACAAAGUCAUCACCUGCGGUUCAUGGAAAAUCAGGAGUGAAGACAAUAAAUCUUCCAGGAACAAAUAGUCCUGAAGAAGAGGCCCCAGAUUCCCUGCAACAAAGCAAAAGUCCCCGAGUGCCAAGAGUACCUAGAAAACCACCCUCUCCUUCACCGUCUCCUCUUAUGGGGUUUGGCAACAAGAAGAAUGCAAAGAAAAUUAAGAUUGACCUAAAGAAAGGCCCUGAAGGACUUGGCUUCACUGUAGUUACCAGAGAUUCUUCCAUGCAUGGUCCUGGUCCCAUAUUUGUGAAAAAUAUUUUACCAAAGGGAGCAGCGAUAAAAGAUGGCCGCCUGCAAUCAGGGGACAGAAUUUUGGAGGUAAAUGGCAGAGAUGUGACUGGACAAACCCAGGAAGAAUUGGUGGCCAUACUGAGGAGCACCAAGCAGGGAGAGACAGCGUCACUGCUCAUUGCUCGGCAAGAAGGAAGCUUUCUACCGAGAGAGCUGAAAGGAGAGCCCGACUGCUAUGCCUUUGUCCCGGAAAACAUUGAACAACUCACCUUAGAAAUCCCCUUGAAUGAUUCCGGCUCUGCUGGUCUAGGGGUCAGUUUGAAAGGAAACAAAUCUCGAGAAACUGGAACAGACUUUGGAAUUUUCAUCAAAUCCAUCAUACAUGGAGGUGCUGCUUUUAAGGAUGGUCGUCUGAGGGUAAAUGACCAGCUGAUUGCAGUUAAUGGGGAAUCUCUUUUGGGAAAGUCCAACCAUGAAGCUAUGGAAACACUUAGGCGAUCAAUGUCCAUGGAAGGGAACAUCAGAGGGAUGAUCCAGUUGGUGAUUUUGAGGAGGCUGGAGAGACCAGUGGAGGAGUCUGCAGAGUGUGGGGCAUUCUCUAAGCCCUGCUUUGAGAACUGUCAAAACUCUGUAGUGACCACCAAGAGAAAUGAUAACAGUGCAGUGCAUACAUUUGGCACUUGUAAUCCACAAGACAAACAGAAAGAGCCAUUGCUUCCACAUGACGGAUGGGCCGAAAGUGAAAUACCACCUUCUCCACCACCACAUCCCAUUCUGGAAUUGGGCCUUGAAGAUUACAGCCACAGCACGGAGAUGGAUUCAGCAGUGUGUUUUCCAGACCAGCACAUCAACUUCAGAUGUAUGACACCAGCCAGGCAGCCUGAAUCAAUGAAUCUGAAAGCCUCAAAGAGCAUGGACCUUGUGCCAGAUGAAAGCAAAGUCUAUUCUUUGGCUGGACACAGAUCAGAAUCUCCAAGCAAAGAUUUUGGUCCAACUCUGGGUUUGAAAAAGUCCAGUUCCUUGGAGAGCCUGCAGACCGCUGUAGCUGAGGUCAGGAAGAAUGAACUUCCCUUCCACAGGCCCCGGCCACACAUGGUUCGUGGUCGUGGCUGUAAUGAGAGCUUCAGAGCAGCCAUUGACAAAUCUUAUGAUGGACCAGAAGAAUUUGACGCUGACAGUCUGUCUGAUAAGAGCUCUCACUCUGGCCAAGGAGCUCUGAAUUGUGAACCUGCCACUCAGGGAAACACUGAGUUAGAGGACACAGAAAAUAAAACCAGGAAAGUCAAAAAAUUGAAAGAGAAGGAGAAGAAGAAGGAAAAAAGUAAAUUGAAAAUCAAAGAGAAAAAGCAAAAAGAAGAAAAUGAAGACUCAGAGAAGAAAACAAAGAAGAAAGGAUUUGGUGCCAUGCUGAGGUUUGGGAAGAAGAAAGAGGAUAAGAAUGGAAAGACAGAGCAGAAGGGAACUCUGAAGCAUGGUGGCCUGAAAGAAGAAGAAUUGGAAAAAAUGAAAGAAGAGCGUGAAAGUGGCCGACCUCUGAGUGGAAGCACUGAUCGAAUCCAGAAGUUGAGGAAGGAGUAUUAUCAGGCUCGGAGGGAAGGUUUCACUUUAUAUGAGGAAGAUGAAGGAAGAACAAGGCCAUCUGAAUAUGAGCUUCACUGGGUGCCUGGAAAAGGUCCAGAUGGGAACGCACACAACCUCCGAUUUGAAGGGAUGGAGAGGCAGUACGCGUCCUUACCCAGGGGAGGACGGGCGGACCAUGUAGACUACCUGGCAGCAGCACCUCGAGGGCUCUACAAGGAAAGGGAGCUUCCUUAUUACCCAGGGCCUCAUCCAGUUCAUCCUCCCAAAGGGGGCUACCCCCGCCCCCCAGAUCUGAGGGUCGCAGAUCUUCGAUAUCCUCAAUACUACCCACCCCCGCCAGCUCCCCAGUACAAAGGACCCUUCCGACAAGACGUUCCACCUUCCCCGCCUCAACACCACAGAGUACCGGCCUAUCAGGAGAUGGGCAGACCACCUCCCCGAGGAAGCAGCCCAGACCAGUAUCCCUACCGAGCCCAGGACCCUCGGCAGAAGAACCCCAUGACCGCAGCCGUAUAGCUGAAUGGCAUGGAGCUCAGCACAGUCCACAAGGAAGCUAUCUAACAUCACCUUUGCAAGACUUUAAGGCGUUCUUGCCAUUUAGAACUCUCAGAUUAGGUGUUUCUCACCGAAGUUGUACCAUUGGACUGCUAACCAGAGGGAAGAAGAAGAGAAUGAUUUUUUGAAGAGGGGAGAGGAGGUGAAGGGGGUAAAGGAAAUUAAGAAAGAAGAAAGGUAGGGCCAUAAAAAUUGUCUGAUAAUUGAAAUACUUUUAGAAUUGUCUGAUUCAGUGAGAGAGCCAUUGAAUAGGCAAACUGUGGUUAUAUUACUUAUGGUCUUCUUGACUAAGGAGCCUAUGUACACCAGCACACAUAAGACAGAAACAGAGACAGCCUCUGGCUUGGCUGGUUAUCCAUUCUCAGGCUAAGUUUCAGCUACCUUAGUGGUUGCAAAUAUAAGCAUCUUAACGGUUUCAUUUUCCCACUGAGAAAAAAACAAAACCCAAGACCAGCAAACAUGACUAGUGAUCUCCUUGAAAGUUUUUUACCCAGAGGAAGACUGAUUGUCUUUAUAGAAUUUCUCAGCUUCCCAGAACCGCACAUUUGAGGUAAGCAUUUCAUGUUUCCUUGCUUUUUUAUAUAAAAGCAAGAUGUGAAUGCAGUAUUAGUGUCUUGGGAGAAGGUACAAAGUAAGUCAGAGAUGCCAUAAAAAAUAUAUUCCGAGGACCAAAGCACUUCAGAGUGAGGGGGCUGAACACCCCCCCCCCCUUGGGCCUCACCUUCCUUCCUCAACAUACGCCAGAGCAUGGAGAUACCUGGUUUCAGAGAUGACUGAAUCUCCCUAACUCUCUUGGCUAUAAUUACUGUUAACUGGGGCCUCUCCUUUAAAACUCCCACUUGAGGACAAAAAUGUGCUUGAGGAGAAGAGGGGCCCACUGGUUAGAUUGUACAGGAAGUGAUGCUCUGGGGAUGCCAAUUUCUGACACAGUGCCAAAUAGUGCCAUCUGUACCAAGAGACAGAGUAGGUGAUGGGGGUGGCAACUAACUCAUGUGUGUGUGUGUGUGUGUGUUUGUGUGUGUGUGUGUGUGUGUGUGUACACAAGAAUGUGAUUAUUCGUAUGGAUAUUGGAACUUAAAAUGCUUUCUGCAAAGUUUGAUGAGGAAGAGUAUAAAGCAGAAAAUAAAAAAAAUGAAAUGAAAUGAAACUGAAGGCAAGAGAGAAGAAACAUGACAUGAGAUCAUCCUGUAUCUGCUAUAUUUCAUUAACAAAAGUCAGGGCAAGGGCAAGGCUGAGGUCUCCAAUUGGGAAAAGAAGGUCUCGUGGCUUUGUGAAAAGCUAAAACCCACUUCAAAAAAAAAAAAAUCCAUUAAAAUUUCUUUUGAUCUUUGUAGGCAUUUUCUACUUAUUUUCCACAGGACAUCUAAAACUUAUAACUUGACCCAAAUGAAAACACAAACAAAAGACAGCAAAACAAAAAACAGCAAAAUCUGGGAGCAGCAAUUGGAAUUGUUCAUUGGUCAAUGACCCUUGAAAUACUUUAAGCCUUUUCAUGUCUUUCUUCAAUUCUUCCCUUCUUCCCCCCAUAAAAAAAUCUUGAGUUCAAUUCAGACAUAUUUUGACUGCAAUUAUAGUAUAUCUAUCCAUCAAGAUUUAAUAAAUUAUAGUAUUAUUGAAUUAUAGAACUAUAGAAUAUUUUUCCAUCCCUGUUUGGUCUUGUUCCUUAAUUUUAAAAUGAGAGUUCAGUUACCAACAAUGGUUCAAUUGCUGGUUUUAGACCUAAAUCCUGUUAUUUACUGGACUUUAAGAGGUAUAAUUUUUCUGUACUACAAUUUACUUAUUACCCUCUUGAAAAUAGACUGUCAAGUUGUUUGCUGUCCUCUGUCAUCUCUCCUAAAUCAGCUAUUUCUAGAUUGUUUGCACUCUCUGAAAAGACGCUGAGGAUGUGGGGCUCUAUCCAUGUAAAGGUGGAGUGCAGGUGAACUGUAAGGAUUCCCUGCCAACAUGUUGAGUGUUCUCUAGCCCUCAAACUACAAAUGGUAAGGUGAAAGAAACAGAACUUGUUUUGAAGCAUGAAAAAUCAACUCUUGAGGAUGAUCCCUAGUUUAACGGGAAUUUCUGUAGACUACAGUACCUUGCUCUGCCAGAAGGCUCCUGCAUGAUUAGGGCCAAGGCCACACAGGGAUGGCCAGGAGCAAUGGUAUAAGGUAAGGAAUUCUGUGUGGAAAAAGAAUGUCCAUGUUUUCACCAUGUCCUCCCUUUGUGAAUACAAUGCUGCCACAUGCAUUGUGUAAACUGCUCCAAGCACGGUUUUGUAUUGUACACACAGUCAGUGAAACCAUUGCUAAUCCUGAGGGACAACCAGUAGUGCAAAGAUAAUAUUCUAGUGGGCAAAAAUAGACCAUGACAGUUCUCUUUUCUUGCUCAAAGUUCAGACACGCUUCAUUAGACCCUGUCCCAGAGACACUAACAUUAUGUGUGUGAUGGAAGCUCUAUCAAGUCAGACACAGUUCAGAGGUAAAAUUUAUAAUUGCCUGGGCCCCACUGCUUCAGUUGUCACCACCUCACAGGUUAAAGAACUGACAGUAUGUAGGAGAACAGGUUAUAUGGAAGACCAGUCUAUAAUCAUCUGGUGUUCAAUAGCAGGAAAUACUUUCUGGUUAGUUGUUUAUAAUCUGAGGAAAAUCUAAUCAGGUGUCCCCAGGAUGCUAAUAAGAUCAGAAUAGCACAGCAAGCUGCAAACCCACCAACACACACCUGCCAGGCAGUUGGUCAGACCACUGAGUUGUUCAGGUCUUGAAAUGAUGUUUUGGUGUCAAGUCAUUUCAUAUUUUAAGAAGCUCUGCUUUUGUCUCUUUUGGAAGGAGUACAAGGAUGAAAGAGAGCAAGCUAUUGAAAAAGUUUUAGAUGUAAGAGGAUUCAGUCCUCUGCAAAGGAAGGAACACAGUAUCUCAUCUGUCUGUUAUGUUGUUGGGCUGUGACAGUGUCAUUAUUGGUAAUAAUAAUAUAUCUUUAUUAUAAAACCAGUGGAUGAAAGGCAAAGUCAAAGCAAUAUUUUCUUAAAUCGUGACUGAGUAACAACAACAAAAAAACGGUAAUAAAAAUGACUGGCAGGCUCAUGAUUCCUGGGUAUGUUUAGGCCCCUACACAUUGGCCCCCAUGGGCCAGUCAUGAAGCCAAGAUCUCAUAAUGAAUAGCGUGGUGAGGUCCACAGGCCUCCUGUAGAGGAAAUACUAUACAUGCUGCCAAAUGGAGCUUUGACACUUUCUUGCAGCUUUAUUUUUGCCACUAGAUAAGUGAAAUUAAAAUGAUCCAUUACUCCUUCCAAAGAUGCUUGAACUCCUUGAACUGUCUUUCAAAGGAAAUACAUCUGACAGUGUUGAGAGUUGCCAUGCUAGAGAUCAGAUCUUUAAAGUAUGUUUAUUCUGCUAGCCUGCAAGCACACUCAUUCAUUUUCUUAGCUUUUACAGGGGAGUAGAGAGAUCUGGAAAGUAUGGAAGAAUAGGGAUGUGUGUCUGCACCUUUCUCAUCGGCACUCAACUUUGAAAUCCACAAUAAGUGAGCUUCAAAUUGGUGCUAAAUUGGGUAGACACCCUACUGCUUUCCAAGUCCAUGAGCAACAGAAACUACAGAUUCAGUGCAAUUACACAGGAGGGAGUUGGCCUCAGAAACAGCCCACAGUAGUAUUUCUCUGUACUCCCAGUUCUGUGUCAACUUGGGUGAAAACGAUGCCACAAUGAGCCCAGAGAGAGGAAUCUUGAAAGCAACACCUACAAAGUUACCUUGCUGAUACAUAUAUUUUAAAAAGGAGAGUAAAAGUUAUAUAUCUAAAAGAAGCCUGGAAUCUCAUCUGCAGCUGUGACUUCUAAGUGAAACUCUUUCUCCCUCUUGUCCUUAAAUAGUAAUAGAAUCAGACACAGCCCAACUUUUAAAGAUGGGUUUAACUACAAGCCCAGAGUGGAGCGUGAACUGUCCUCAAGGACUGUCUUCUGACUCAGCCCUUUCAGGGAGCGUACUAUUCGGUCUAUGCUAACUGCAGUGCUGUUUACUACUGGAACAGAAAAAACAAAACCUGCUGUUUAUACAGACACUUUUUUCUAGUGUUUUCCUGUGCUUUUAUAAUACCAAGUCUGUUCAUAAUAUCGGGAGAUACAUUAUAUGAGAACAUAUUUUGGCAUACAGGGGGUGGAGGAUGAAUUCUUUUCACACUUUUUAGGAUGAUCCCAUGAGUACCACAGAAAAUAUUUUGGAUGUUGUUAUAUAAGAAUAUAUAAUUUUUCUUGUUUUAUUUUGCAUAAAAAUAAAGCUUUAUUCAGUCAGUAAA